CCGUCACUGCCUUACGGUCUGGCUGAAUGAAUGUUGAAGAAAGCCGCCGCUGCUCGGAGGAGGCAUUACCGACAUUUCGUCUUUGACAGCCGGCCGGACACCUCUCCUUCGGGACACAGUUCAGCUCAGCCCCGGACCCCGGUCCCGUGUCGUUGUCUGCGGACCCAACAGAGCGAGAUCUAAGUGGAAGCAGAGCAGACCCUGCCCUCCUUGACUGGAGAGGGAAACAUUACUGCUGCUCCAGCCACAGAAACCGUGUUUUCCUCCAUCAUGAAGGCCUUCGCUCUUCUCCCCAUAGCCCCAAUCUUCCUCCUGUCUCUCCUCAUCCCUGCCUGCUCCGCCCAAAGCGAGGCAGACUUCAUCGUUAAGACACGUAGCGGUCUAGUCCGUGGAACCCGCAUGCAAGUACCGGACCGAAGCUUUGUGACUGCUUUCCUGGGCAUCCCCUUUGCAGAGCCACCAAUAGGAAAGCGCCGUUUCCGUCGUGCUGAACCAAAACGUCAAUGGUCAGGGAUACACGAGGCCAAUGCCUACCCCAAUGCGUGCUACCAGAUGGUGGAUACAUCAUUCCCUGGCUUCCAGGGCACUGAAAUGUGGAACCCUAACAGGGAGAUGAACGAGGACUGUCUGUAUCUCAAUGUCUGGGUGCCUACCUCACCCAGACCACACAAUCUUACUGUAAUGGUGUGGAUCUACGGAGGAGGCUUCUACAGUGGGUCUUCUUCACUGGACGUGUAUGAUGGUCGUUACCUAGCUCACAGUGAGACAGUCAUUGUGGUGUCCAUGAACUACCGAAUUGGAGCCUUUGGCUUCCUAGCCCUGCAUGGUUCAUCUGAGGCUCCUGGCAAUGUCGGUCUGCUGGACCAAAGACUGGCACUGCAGUGGGUACAAGAAAACAUCCAUUCUUUUGGUGGAAACCCAAAACAGGUUACUAUAUUUGGAGAAAGUGCUGGUGGUGCUUCAGUAGGAUUCCACCUCCUGUCUCCAGACAGCCGGUCUACCUUCACUCGCGCCAUCCUUCAGAGCGGGGUCCCCAAUGCACCCUGGGCCUCAGUCACCCCUGCUGAGGCCCGCAGACGGGCCACUCUGCUGGCAAAAUUGGUUGGCUGUAAUGGAGGCAAUGACACUGAGUUGGUGGACUGCCUUCGGGAUAAAACUCCACAGGAACUCAUCGACCAGGAGUGGCAGGUUCUGCCAUGGUCAGCCCUCUUCCGGUUUCCAUUUGUGCCUGUUGUGGAUGGUGAAGUUCUGCCUGACACUCCAGAGGCCAUGCUCAGCUCAGGCAACUUUAAAGACACUCAAAUCCUCCUUGGGGUCAACCAGGAUGAGGGAUCCUACUUCCUGCUGUACGGAGCACCGGGCUUCAGCAAGGACAAUGAGAGCCUCAUCUCCAGAGAGGAUUUCAUGGAAGGGGUCAAGCUCAGCGUACCACAUGCUAAUGAUAUUGGCCUGGAGGCAGUAGUGCUACAGUAUACUGACUGGAUGGAUGAGAAUAAUGGGUUCAAGAAUCGCGAUGCCAUGGAUGAUAUCGUGGGCGACCACAACGUCAUCUGCCCACUGGCCCACUUUGCUCGCUCCUAUGCCCAGCACAAUGCCCUUAAGGCUAACAUGGGAGCAGCUGGAUCCGGGGUGGUGAACAGUGGAGCAAACCUACAAGGAGGGGUGUACCUCUAUCUUUUCGACCACAGAGCAUCCAACCUUGCCUGGCCCGAGUGGAUGGGUGUAAUCCAUGGCUAUGAGAUUGAAUUUGUCUUUGGUCUACCACUAGAGAAGAGGCUCAACUAUACUCUAGAUGAGGAGAAACUGAGCCGACGAAUGAUGAGAUACUGGGCCAACUUUGCACGAACUGGAAAUCCAAAUGUGAAUCACGAUGGGCUGUUAGAUACCAGGAAGCGCUGGCCUCUGUUCACUGUCAGCGAGCAGAAACAUGUGGGACUCAACACUGAGCCAUUGAAGAUCCACAAAGGUAUGAGGAACCAGAUGUGUGCUUUCUGGAACCGCUUUCUGCCUCGCCUCCUGAACAUCACUGACAACAUCGAUGAGGCAGAGCGUCAGUGGAAAGUGGAAUUUCACCGCUGGUCCUCCUAUAUGAUGCACUGGAAGAGCCAGUUUGACCACUACAGCAAGCAGGAGCGCUGCACUGACCUCUGAGAGCUUCAGCAGAGAGAGAGAGAGAGAGAGAGCGAGAGAGGAGAGAAUGACAGGGAGGGGGGAAGCUGUAAACCAGGUCAUGGCCAAUUUCUCCAAUAGCCCCUCAGUGAAAUCUAAUUUCAUUCAUUUCAAUUUUUUAUUUGAUUGUAUUCUGUUGCGUUGGAGACCUUAUAUAUUAUUUAUACUAUUUAUAUAUGUGGUUUUUUUCUGAGUUUUUGUGUUCUAAUUGAAAUUAUGAUUAUGAGGGCACUUGUCAUCUGCAUGGAGGUACAAAUGUAAAUGUCAAAGAUAUGUCAUUACCUCGUGUGUGUGUGUGUAUGUGUGGUUGUUGAGGCUGUCCACAAUGAAUGAAAGUCAAUGCACUGUCCUAACAAUCGUAGCUUUGCAAAUAGCUGCAAAUAGCUGUGCGUGUGUGUGCGUGCAUGUGUGCUGCUUGGAAGCCUCCCAGUUUCUAUUCAGUUAUCAACAUCUCAAAAGGCCCAUGACAUUACCUAACUGCUGGUUAAAUUUCACUCGUCUUCAUGGUAAUAUCAUGACCUGUUCGAUUUAGUCCUGUUCUUGUUCUUGUAUGGCAAUCUACACCUGGUUGGCAUCUGGGUCUUUUGAGGUAGUAAGAAUAUCCUUUAUAGUAACCUCAAACUCACUAAACUCUGCAUAGUAUUGGAAAACCACUCUAAAAUACAUUGAUGUGACAUGUAAGUUUAUAACUUAGAUCUGUCCACUUCUGCUGUAGAUUCAGUCCAAAUGAUAGCUACCUAAUCCACAUUACAUUAGAAAAAGGAACCUUAAAUUGAAUGGACGAUGUAUUGCACUCCUUCGCCUUGUUUCUAUCAGUAGUGCCAUAUCUACCGCCUAAGUCACUGUCUUAUCAGCAUAUCAGCAAAGAUUGACAGAAAUAGGACAAAAGGGGGUAAGCAGAGGAACUGAAAAUGUCUAAUAUAUAAAUCUAAAUAUAUCUAUAUGCUACACCAAUCCAAAGGGGGGAGUGAGAGCAUGAGUUCAAAAGGUUUUAAAAUUUGGAGAAUGCAUUAAGAGCUGAGAGUCAAGUAAAAUCUGAUUUUUCUCUAAAUUCGCUUUGCUUAAAAGUAAGGCAGUAAACUCACCCACUGAUGUAAUUGAUACAAAAACAAAGCUUCUUAUACAGGGCUAGAUAUUUUUGAAUGAUGAUUCCAAAUUAAUCAGGUCAUCAUUUGGCUACACCAUCAGAAAACAUUGGAACAUUUCCAUCAUAUGUGAGUCACAUGGUUUUGCUUUAAAGAUAUUAUAUGGAGGACUUAAACAACCUUUUUUUCCGUGCCAUUUGUUGUUAGCAUUAAGAAUGUCCUGUCAAAAGAAUACAUUGCAUCUCUCAAAUAAUUCCAAUAUACUUAUAUACUGUAUGUCCAUCUGUGAUAAUAUUUCCUUGUAUUACAAUAUCAAAAAUGUCAAAAAUGUAAACUAUUCCUAUUUUAACAAAUCAACCGCUUUAACCUCAAUAUAGUUCAAUCGACAAUGAAUUCAUUAUUUCCCCAAAUCACCCAAAUUGUAUUAGUAUUUGGUUUGGAGUAAACAGCAGGCAGCAUUUAGACAUCUAUGUUUGGCAAUACAAAUAAAAUCUAAUUUAGGUAGAACUGAAAAAAUGAUCUAUGAACAAUCAAAACUUUGGGGGUUUUCAAAUCUAAUUGCAUGACCUCAGUCUUAGAAAUGUCUUCUUCCAUAUUCUGUUAAUUCCCCUUAAAUCUCACAAAGGGGAAUUAACCUUUCUAUUCCUUUCCUCUCUUCCCUUUUAUUUUUCCACCCACUACCACCACACUCCUCUUCUCUGCCUGCAGUUGUUGCUCUCGCUCUAUCCCCACCCUGUUGUUAGGCCCCUUGCCCUGGUUUCUGCCUCUCCUUCCUCCACCUCUUUAAUGUCACUCUUCACUUUGGCUGUCCUUUUCAUCUUCAUCACUAAUAAACCUCCACCCACCCUCCUCCUGUCUUUCCAUUCUUUCAUCCCAUCUCCCACACUAGAGUCAUAUGUCCUUCUCUUCUUUAAACCCCCUCCAGUAUAUUUCUUAUUCCAGUAUCAAACGUUUCUUCAUCCUUCUCAUUUCUUUACUCCUCUAUCUCUCCGUUGCAUCACUCCCCCCUCCCCCCUAUGCAAUGUCCCUGUCCCUUCUCCCAUCUCACUCCAUACUCCUGCUUUCUCGUUCAUCUAAUGGAGACGCAGUAAUUCACUCAGCAGCACGAUAAUGUGACAGAGUGCUGGCUCAGCCUCUGGCCUGCCAGCUAACAGGACACAAUGGAUGGAUGGAAAAUAGAAGGGAAAGGGUAUAGAGACAAAGCAAGGAGAAAGAAACAGAAAAGGAGGGGAGAGAGGGAAGAUGGAUGGGGCAGAGGGAGUGGUUGUGAUGGGAUUGGAAGAUGAAAGGACAGUCAGAGAAAUACAUUACAUAACUUUUCCAUAUAAAACUGUAUGUAAGUCGCAGCUUAAACUAUGGCACCGGUAUAUGUAGAAAGAAUUAUACUUGAACGAAAACAUUUAUUUUACUAUACCGUACUUCAUUUUGGGUUUGAUAGGAGGUUUUAUAUGUUUUACCUCAGAGAAUGGUCUCAAGGUUUUUUACUUUACAGCUCAAGACCCAGGCUAUUUAUCUCUAUUGCAUUGGUUCGACAGUUUCAGCUUUUAUUUAACAAUCAUACACAGUUGUAUAGAGAAAGCUGUGCAAAAAUGCUGAAGAACAUGCCAAAUGCUGUACAAAACAUAAACCUGACAUUCAGAAAUUCUUCGUUUCUGUGCCCCCAGAGGGCAGUAAAUUACUAUGCUUGAUUACUAAAGAGCAUUAAAGUCCUGAAACUGGUUCCAAAAAGAUAUUUUGCACGAGAUAAUUACAGUGCAAUUGAUCCAUGUGCGGUUAUAUAAUUUAAUAUAACCAAAUUUACUUUAAUUGUUCACAUUAAAUCCAUUUGUUGUACACAUAAGUUAUAGCCUUGUAAGAACACAAUCCACUUCAUACAUUUCUGUGAUGGUAAAUGUUAAAUGGUCUAAUGGUUAUAUAGCGCUUUUCUAGUCUUGGUGAUCACUCCAAGUGCUUUACGGUACAUUGUUUUUUGCCAAUCACACAUGCAUUCAUACAGUGCAUCAAUGUGCAGCUCUAUCUCUAUCACACAUCUCUUGCACACCGAGGGUUCAGUAUCUUGCCCGAGGACACUUCGAUGUGCGGAGUCGGGGAGACUGGGAACGAAUCGCCAACAUUCUGGUUAUAGGAUUAGCUCUACCUUCUGAGAUGAAUGAAAAUAGCAUCUCGGAGGACUGCUGUAGCAAAUUAGCAUUAUCAUUUGCUGAAUGUGAAAUACAUAUACAUAUGUAGUCGUGUGUAAUUCAUCUAAUCUAUGUCUACCACUCUUAAUAUAACUGUGUGUAUGUGUGCGCGUGUGUGUAAUAUGACUACUGUACCUGUCUGUCAAGCUAUUUUCAUUUGAACACUGGAGGGUACUGAAUCAGUGCUGAUUGGCUGGUGGCGGCUCAGCAAAUUGUACCUGUUGGCAUGUAAAGCUCCUAUUUAUGGAUUGGAGUAUUGUAGUCUAGCUUUAAUAAGAACAAAAUAUGAAUAAUGGAUUGUACCUGAUGUCUAAAAUAUCCGUGACGAAUGCAUGUGUGACAGGCCUUAUGAGGCGUGAGUGACAGCUCCUCCUGCAUCUCUCAUCUUUUGGAAGACCCUGCUUAAGCCCCACCGACCUCCCCGACCCUCUUAUGGAAUCCUUGUGCAUGUCCUGAAGCUGACUCUGUCCCUAGUAUAUCCUGCCAAACGUGGACUGUUAUUUUCUGUGAAAUUUGUACUUUUGAACAAAGCUAUUAUCAAAGUAAUAUAUCUUUAAUGUUAGGUAUGUGCAAUGUUAGCAAUAACGUAAAUACAUCAGUAAAGGAAUAUAUUUGAUAUUUAAAUGCAGUGAACAUAGAAUAUGUUAUAACAACAAUGAGCGAGGGAGUUUUAAACUGUUUUAAAAGCAAUAUUAUUAAGAGUGUAAAUUCAAAAUGAGUGCCAUAAACCAUUGUUUUCUGAUAUUUUUCAGUUUAUCUGACUUUGUUUCAGUCCUCUGCCUCAUUGUUGUUUGUUCCAGUACUAAGUGUUGAAGCUUCCCAGUAUGUCUCUGUAUCAUGAAUGCUGACUUGGUUAAGCUAUAGCAACAGAAAUAAAGACAACAUGCUGCUUC